AUGACGUCGACCAGCCGCAUCGCUGCUCUCGCCAAGCAGAUUGAGACACAGACAACCAAGCUCGACAAGUUCUUCACAGAGAGCCAGAUGCCUCCGCCUUCAUUCGACGAAGAUGCCCCAUUGAUGUAUCCGUUUCCACCGGACGUUGCAGAAGCUCAAGAGGCCUUGUCAGCAGCCUUGGACGAGCUGUGGUGGCUCAAUCAGGGGCCAAUUCAAACUAUAGUUGCUAAGUCGUUUGCCACAUCUGUCGGCCUGAAGACCAUCCUCAAAUACAACAUCCAAAACCUUGUCCCCCUCGAGAUAGGAACCACUUACAAGGAGCUCGCCGAGAAGACUGGUGUCCCAGAGCAGAAGCUUACACGCUUGCUGAGACAUGGCAUAACAGAUCACUUCUUCCGCGAGACGCAGCCGGGUCACAUAAAGCAUACUGCUGCCACCAAAGCGCUUGCUGUCAUGCCCGUUCUCGGAACGUGGGCCUCAAUGGGAAUUUAUGAGGUCGGACCUGCCAAGAUGCGUAUGGUUGAUGCGAUUGCUAAAUGGCCAGACUCCGAGGAGCCAAAUCAUUCCGUCAGUUUCCAACUCGCCAACGACACAGACAAGACUAUGUUCGAGUUCUUCGAGGACUACCCUGAGCGCAUGAGCCGCUUCAAAGAUGCCAUGAGCUUCCUUCAAACGUUCCCGGGCCUGGAACCCUCCUACGCCAUCAAGGCCUAUGACUGGGCCUCUUUGGGCAAAGCCACCGUGGUUGACGUUGGUGGGUCUCACGGCCUUGUGAGCAUCGCUCUUGCAAAAGAAUUCCCCGACCUACAAUUCGUGGUUCAAGACCUUCCCAAAGUUAUUGAAGAUGCGAAGACUAAAUCGCCACCCGAACUGUCACACCGUGUGACGUUCCAGGCCCACGACUUCUUCGAAGAGCAGCCUGUCAAGAAUGCUGACAUCUACUACUUCCGCUGGAUCCUCCACGACUGGUCCAACAAAUACUGUGUCAAGAUCCUUCAGGCGCUGAUUCCCGCCCUGAAGCCAGGUGCCCGCCUUUUGUUCAGCGAGAGAUGCCUCGAGGCACCUUGUACACUGCCCCUCCGUGCGGAGAAGUGGAACAGGGACUCGGACAUUACUAUGCUGGCCACGUCCAACUCCCAGGAGCGCGACGAGGAUGACUGGAAGGCCUUGUUGAAGGCUGCAGACUCGGACUUCACCCUUGAGGAAGUAAAGAGGACUCCGGGCGCGAAGCUGGAUAUGAUUGUCGCAAGGUGGAAGUAAUCUAUUCCUAAGCAUUGCUGUGAUGAUCAAGCAGCGGAAAUCCCAUGGAUGUGUUGGAAGUGUGAUAGGAUUAGGAGGCGUCGAUCAUCCCAUACUAGCCGCUUUGCUGCUUCUUCAACAGGCACUCGGUUAUUGUAAUAGUGUAGCAGCUGCAUGCAAUGUCAUCAGGGUAAUG